AUGAUGUUGGCUAAUAUUCAUUCGAACAUAACAAACAUAGAAAAAUCACCUAUUUUAGCAAAUGUACCCAGUGGUAUAUGGAAGCUUGGUAAACUUAAUCAUUUGGCUGUUGCUGUUCCUAAUUUAGACCAAGCAAGUAGUUUUUUUAAAAAUGUUCUUCAAGCGAAAUCUGUUAGUGGAGCUGUACCACAAAAAGAACAUGGUGUUUAUACGGUUUUUGUUGAAUUUGGCAAUGCAAAAAUAGAACUUCUACAUCCACUUGGUGAUAAAAGUCCAAUUGCAAAUUUCUUAAAAAAGAAUAAAAAUGGCGGAAUUCACCAUAUUUGCAUUGAAGUUGAUAAUAUUGAAGCUGCAAUAGGAGAUAUUCGACAACAUCAUAUUCGAACACUUAGUGAAAGUACUCAAAUUGGAGCUCAUGGUAAACCGGUUAUAUUUCUCCAUCCAAAAGAUUGUGGUGGAGUACUCAUUGAACUGGAACAAGCUUGA